GGAUGAGGAAACGCACGCGUAAAUUUGACCUGGGAUUUGCUGCAUUUGACAUUUGAUUUUAUACAGCGAACAUAAUGAAUAGAUAUAUACUGCCAGCAUCGGUGGCGGGGACAAUAAUUGGAUGUGGUGUUCUGUUAAAGGAUUAUGUUACUGGCGGCACUUGUCCAAGUAAAGCCAAGAUCGAAGGGAAGACGGUUGUCAUCACCGGCGCAAACACUGGAUUAGGAAAAGAAACUGCUCGAGAACUGGCCAAGAGAGGGGGCCGGAUUAUUAUGGGAUGCCGGGACAUGGCAAAGUGCGAGGCGGCCGCCAAGGAAAUCCGCGGACAGACACUCAACACUCACGUCUACGCCCGCCACAUCGACCUGGCGUCCAUCAAGUCCAUCCGCGAGUUCGCCAACAGGAUCAACCAGGAGGAGGAACGUGUGGAUAUACUCAUCAACAACGCAGGUGUGAUGAGGUGUCCGGACUGGAAGACAGAGGAUGGCUUUGAAAUGCAAUUUGGAGUGAACCACUUGGGCCACUUCCUGUUGACGAACCUGCUCCUGGAGAAGCUGAGAAGCUCGGCCCCCAGCCGGGUGGUGAAUCUUUCAUCGCUGGCCCACCUCCUGGGCGAGAUGGACUUCGACGACCUCAACUGGGAGAGGAAGAAGUACGACACCAAGAGGGCCUACUGCCAGAGCAAGCUAGCCAACAUGUUGUUCACCCGUGAGCUGGCCAGGAGGCUGCAAGGUUCUGGGGUGACCGUAAACGCCCUGCACCCCGGAGUGGCAGCCACAGAGCUGGGGAGACACACAGGCCUGCACCAGUCCUCCUUCUCCAGCUCUGUCCUCAGCCCGCUGUUCUACGUGAUGGUGAAGACCCCGCGGCAGGGGGCUCAGCCCGCCGUGUUCCUGGCGGUGGGGGAGGAGCUGGAGGGCGUGUCGGGCCGUUACUACGACGUCCUGCAGGAGAAGGAACCGUCGCCCCAGGCGAUGGACGAUGACUCCGCCCACAGGCUGUGGGAGGUCAGCGCCAGGCUGGUGGGGCUGGAGCAGACGCGGGCCACGCCCCCCGCCACGCCCGAACACUCGCCCACGCCCCCGCCCCAAAACCAGCCCCCCACCGCUCCACUCCCCGCUGUCCCCUCCCAGCAGGGCUGAACCACCCCCCCGUCCCAGAACCGGCUGGGGUAGGACUCCGCAGAAUGUGCCCGAACUAUUUCAUAUGGACUUAUCACAGCCUCAUUUAUGACCACAGGGUCAUAACCAAGCGGCCAAAACUGGGCUUCGUUUUUUGAAGCUCAUUUCCUGGUUGUGUUGGGAGGCUGCUCACUAGUACCACUGUGGUGGUAUAAGUACAAGUGUUUCAGCCACUCUUUCAAUGUGAAGUCAAUGGUAACAAUACGGCAAAAAUACUAAGUCGAUCAUUUUACCCCGCAGGAAAUGAGCCUCAUAACCUUACAGCUCUCUGUAUCACUAGAUAUAGCCUACCAUCUACGUAUUGGAAAUGGUUGUUGAGCUCGGUUUGUCAAUAUGUGCCUUCUGCUAUUUAUGUAAAUAAUGACAGUAAAUCUGCAGUCGGUGUGUCAUAAUCUGUGUUUUGUGAUGUUGUGAAAACAGAACAGCCUAUAGCCUAGUGGCUAGGUUGCUUGACUGGGACCCAGAAGGUUGGUGGUUCAAGCCACAUCUGUUGAGCAAGGCCCUUAACCCCACAUAGCUCCAGGGAGGGAUUGCUCCCUGCUGAGUCUAAUCAACUGUAAGUCGCUUUGGAUAAAACGCAGACCUGUGAUUACAGCUCUUUGGUCUUACUGUGCUGAAGAACAGGCAGUAACACUGUAUGUAAAACCAACAGAUUUUUAUUUUACAGUAUUUACAUUACGUUUUGCAAUAUGAAAAAGUUAUAAUGCUGUCGUGAUUGAAGUUAUUUUCUUUAGUCGAGGGGGGAGCCUGAUGGAAUAAUGUGUACAGUGGAGGGAAGAGAACCUCUUUAUUCAGAACCUGCUGGUGCCUUUCUCAGUUUAGAUAUAGCAUUGCAUGAGGUAGACACCCAAAUUAUUUUGGCCAUAACUUAAUAAAACAUGGAAAAAAA